AUGGAAAGUGUUAAAGAAGAGGCCAUCCCCCAGGAUGGGGAAGGAGUCACGUCCACCAAGCGCAAGUCUGCCAUUGACCAGAUCGAGGUCGACCUUACACUUCCCGAACCACCAUCAAAACGGGCUCGCCGUGCUCUGAAAAAGGGCAAGCCCCUCCCCGCAAAGAAUGACAGCAGCGACGAAAAAGCAAAGGCAGAUGGCGAUGGCGAGCAACGUGACAAGAAGGAAAAGGCUAGGUCAGAACACGGCAUCUGGGUUGGCAACUUGCCCUUCACCAUCACAGCGGCAGAGUUAAGGCAGUGGCUUGUGGACAACUCCGGUGGAGUCAUUACUGAUGAUUCAAUCACGAGAAUAAAGAUUCCUACGUCAAAAGACCCUGGUCGAGAUAAGAGCCAAAAGCCCGCCAACAAGGGCUUUGCCUAUGUUGAUUUCACAGACAUUGCUGGCAAGGUUGCUGCCAUUGCGAUAUCAGAGACGGAACUCGGACACCGCAAGCUUCUGAUCAAAGAUUCCAAGUCAUUUGAAGGACGACCUGCAAAGGAGAAGGAACCCGAGGCGGUGGAGACCGGGCCAGACGGCAAGAUCAAGCACGGUGCCGAGCAAAAGGAAGAAGCCGACCCCAAUGCCAGCCGGAAAAUCUUUGUGGGAAACAUGAGCUUCAAGACAACAGAGGAGGAUGUGUGGCGGAACUUUGAGAAGUGCGGAGAGAUUGAUUGGGUCAAGGUGGCUACGUUUGAAGACACGGGCAAAUGCAAGGGCUACGGAUGGGUCAAGUUCAAGCAACCCGAAGCGGCCGCGUGGGCUGUCAAAGGAUUUGUCAAGGUGAAGGAGGCGGUUGAGACGGAGGACGACUUCAACGAUGGCGACGACGCAGAGGACAGGAAACAAGACCAGCAGAAGCAAUUCAAGACGAGGAAAUGGUGGGUGAACCGUAUGCUGGGUCGAGAACUCAAGCUGGAGCUGGCCGAAGAUGACCAGUCUCGGUACAAGAAGCGUUUUGGCAAGGACGCCCAGAGGCAAGCGAACGGGGGUGAGCGAAAGGGCAGGCCCUCACAAGGACGAAAUGGAUUCAAGUCGAGAGAUGAAGCGGCGAGCGAUAACUCGGGUGCCAAGACUGAGGCCCCAGAGAAGGCGGCUAAGCCACUCAAAGAGGCUGCUGAUAUCCAAGUUGCCAGACUGACGGGCGCGGUGGUGAAGCAUACGGGUACCAAGAUGACGUUUGAUUGA